UUAGUGUGUUUGAGGGUGCAAAUGCUUUUUGCUGGUUACAUGCUGACCGGGUUGCGGCUGGCGGGCCAUGGUCGUGGCGGUUUCCAUCGCCAGCAGCUCCACAGGAGUCAGUCACGCAGAUGACAGCGCCGACGCGGGGCUCGAAACCCACAUCGUGGACGCACCUCGAAACGCUGAGGGUCGGGCAGCUCAAGAAGCGGAAUGGGCUGGUGAUUACGAUGGCAGACAGCACUGGUCUCUCCGAGAAGC